CCUCUGCUUGUGACCAAACAAAGAAGACAAAAGGUGGUCACAUGACACGCGCAAGUAAACAGAAACGCUCGUAUUAUGACUUGCAAUCAUAUACGAAUUUAAUCUAACAAAUAUUUAAAUUGAAACAACAUGAAGGGUUUGUUCUGCCAGAUUACUGGCAGCGAGCUCAAAUUCGUCGUCCAGGAAACGACCCUUCCUGAGAUCUUCGGCAGUCAUGACGUCAGAGUGAACGUAAAAGCGUGUGGUCUCAGCCCAGUGGACCUCAAGUUUUUGGAAGACAUGGGGCUGCAGGGAGAUACGAUUCCCCUCGGCAGGGAGGUGGCGGGCAUUGUACAACGAGUCGGUCCAAAAGUCACUUUCUUCCAACCCGACGACGAAGUUGUGGGUAUUCUACCGCUGGACUCCGUCUGCUCGGGACUCAGCAAGGUCAUUGACAUAAAUGAGCAGUAUCUAGUCCCAAAGCCGGAGAAGCUGAGUUGCACCAGCGUGGCCGCGGCAUUGGAGGACGGCCUGUGUGCGUACCGUGCCCUCCACACGCAUGCUCACAUGGCAGCUGGUCAGAUGCUCCUGGUGGUGGACGGCGCCAGCUCUUUUGGCCUGAUGUGCAUCCAGCUGGCGUGCUACCACGGUGUGAAGGUUCUGACCACAUCACACUCGCAGGAGCAGCACACUUUCUUGGAGCAGCUAAGGCCCGCUGUAGUGAGGGUGAUUCCCAUCUACAAAAACUCAUCGGAGCUUCUUGCGGCAGUUAUGGAGGAGACGGGCUGUCUGGGAGUGGACAUAGUUGUCGACCAAGGCGUUAGUCUGCAAGAAAAGGAGCAGCCAGACGAGGAGGGGAGAGAGGAGGCGACAUUCCUCCCGCACAAGCAUGACAUCAUCAGUAUGUUGGCAGUAGGGGGCCACUGGGUGACAUCCCAACAAGACUUGCAACUAGAUCCUCCUGACAGCCGGUUAAUGUUUUUGAAGUCUGCCUCCGUGUCAUUCCUCAACCCUCACGUGUGGUUGGCGUCGUCAUUCCAGCAGGGACGACACCUCCAUAUUCUCAAGGACAUUAUGGAGAAGAUGUCCUCUGGAGUACUCAGGAUGGCUGAAUGCGAUGCGCGAUUGACGACAAACAAGAAGAAAGACCUCAGCCCGAGGAGGCAGUUCCUCUACAGGAAGCGGCGGCCGCCAUGGAGGACGUGCAACUUCAGAACAAGAAAAAGGCUGUGGUUGAAAUGUAACGACGGUUUGAGUUAGGUGGCGGGACUGUCGACCAAGUGACGGGGCCAAUGGAAGCGGGAGCAACAGCAUUUUCUCUCUAAUCACGUAGCAACGUGGUCUCUGCGGGCCACACACUGUCCACCAUGCUGUACAAAAAACAUGUUCAAUAAAGCCCAAGCGUCUUGCGUGAA